CGUGUCAGUGUAGCAUAAUUUUACUCUAUCGCCGUAAAAAGGUUUAACUAUGUUAUAAUGAAAAUGAUACAUAUGUGAUUUAGAUAGUUCUAAUACAGUAAAGCCUAUGUAUAUCGGUUUAUCCAAUAUUAAACGGUCAGGUUUCAUUGGCACGUGGUCGGUAUAUGUGGAACGGUUGGAUAUGUACUUUAAAGUAAAUAAAAUUGACGAUGCCACAAAAUUACCAACAUUAAUAGCAGUAAUGGGAGAUGAGGCGUAUGAACUGUUAAGUGAUCUGGCUAGUCCUAAAAAACCGGCGGAUUUGACGUAUCUCAAAGUGGUGGAGUUAUUGCAUCAACAUUUGGAGCCAAGUGCUAGCAGAACGGUAUCGGUUUCGACAACGAAGGCAGGCCAACGAGGAAAACGUGGCCAUGUACGUAGCCGAGCUCAAGAAACUCGCAAGAUAUUGUAAAUUCAAAGACAAUUUAAACGAAAAUUUACGGGACCAAUUCGUGUGCGGGUUACAAAGCGAGGUCAUUCGUCAACGGUUAUUCGCGGAAGCCGACUCAAUCACUUAUACGGAUGCGGUUAGGGUGGCGACAUCGCUGGAAGCGGCGGAGCGGGAUGCAGCCGCUGUGGAUGGGCGCGGCAGCGUCGGCGCGAGCACCUUCGCGGCUGCGGCGGGGCCUGACGUUUCUAGAAACACAGUAUCGCGGCGUAGUUCGGAUAUAGUGGAUUUAACGGGAGAUUUACAUCGCAUGCAACUCGGGGGUUGUACGGCAUGCGGGGACUACAGACAUACGAAAAUGGAAUGCCGAUUUUCAAAGUAUCAGUGUAGUAAAUGUAAAACAGUGGGACAUUUGCGUCGAAUGUGUCAGGAAAAUGGCGAUAGCGUAAAACAUCGAGACCGCGCUCAAGCACGGAAAGAUGGCGGCGGGGCAGGCAUGACGCGGCGGGGCGCCAGAGUGAGUGUUGGGGGUUACCGUGGCGCUAGCCGGGGCACCGGGCGGGCCUGGCACGCGCGAUCGGGAGCCUAUCAACCGACAAUGCACGUUUUCGAGACGCAAGGGGAGGAACAAGCGGAAGAAGUUUUUUUGGAAGAAGAACCAAUUUAUCAAAUGUCGUUAAGUCAAUAUAGGCCGGUACAAUAAGUUGUUUGAUGGCGGAUUGGGGUGUUUCACGGGCGGUCGGGCCACACUGCAUCUACGCGAGGGAGCUGUGCCGGUAUUCUGUCGCGCGCGGCCGCUGCCGUACGCGCUGCGCACGCGUGUCGACGCUGAGCUCGAGGCCAUGCUGCGCGCGGGCAUCAUCGAGCCUGUUGACACCUCCGACUGGGCCACACCACUGGUAAUUGUACUCAAGCCGGAUGGCGCUUUACGUUUAUGUGCUGACUAUAAGGUUACAUUAAAUCGUAUGUUAAGAGUUGAUAAGUAUCCUGUGCCAAAAAUAGACGACCUGUUUUCUAGGCUAAGGGGUAGUAAAUAUUUUACGAAAUUAGAUUUAUCUCAGGCGUAUAAUCAAAUUUUAUUAGAGGAAUCCAAGGAUUUUACAGUCAUCAACACUCAUAAAGGCCUUUUCAGAUAUAAUAGAUAAGUGUAUGGACUUGCGUCAAGUCCAGGAAUUUUCCAAAGAAUAAUGACACAGCUUUUUGAUAAGAUACCCAAUGUGACAGUAUUUUUAGAUGAUAUCACUGGAAAAACAAUAAGGGGACAUAUAGAUACAAUAAAUAAAGUUCUUAAAAUAUUGCAAGAAAAUGGGUUAAAAAUAAAAAGGGAAAAGUGUGACUUUUUGAGUAAAGAAGCUAAAUAUUUAGGAUUUAUAAUUAUAAUUAGCAGGGAGGGUGUAAGGGUAGAUCCAGAUAAAAUUAAACCCAUAAUUAAAUUGACUUCUCCAACUAAUGUAUCGGAACUAAAAUCGUUUUUAGGUAUGGUGAACUUUUAUGGAAAAUUCAUAAGAAAUUUAAGUUUCUAUUUAUCACCGCUAUACGAACUAUUGAAAAAGGAUAAACAUUGGGCAUGGAGCACUACUCAUUCGCUAGCAUUUAAGAAAAUAAAACAAUUAUUAAUUAGUCUAUCUAUAUCUAUAUCUAU